CAAAUCUAUUGUUUUUUAAUUUGGGCCCAAUAUGUAUCUUUACACUUCUCAUCCCAGCCCGCACAGAAACAUCGUCUUCCUCGAUUCACCGAAAUCAAUUUGCUGAAAUCUGCGCCAAUUAUCUCUUGCUAAUAUCAAAUCUCUCUUUCGAUCUACUUGACCAAGCAUCAAUUCGAGAAUUGAAUUCAUGUUCCAAAUGCAAACAAUUGUCACUUGUGAGGUAUUUGCACUAUUUCAUCUGACUUUGAGAAGAGGCUUGGUUAGCAGAAAAGGAUAUGGCACGCACAAGACAGAGGAAGAAAGUUCGUGUUGCUGCUGAAUCUACUUCUAGAGAGGUGGUUUUGAACAACAAAAUGCCGAAUAACAAGAAAAAAGGUGGCAAAGCCACCAAAUCUAAACAAAUAGUGUCUAACAAAAAACCAUUGGAAGACGAGAGAAAAGGUGGAAUUGCUGUGGGAUCUACUUCAGUAUCAGUAGUUUCUGAUGAGAAGGCUCCCAGGGCUCUUGAGCCCAAUCCUCAGAUUGCAGGCAAAUGUCCAAUUCCAAAUUCUGCCCCAGGCGAAGAAGCAAAAACCAUUUCAGAGGUUCAAGCCAUAAAAGGCAAUAAAAGGAAGAGAACAAAUGAAGGAGUAGAAGAAAAUAAUAGUAAUAAAAAAGAUGGAACAAAUGAUGCAAGUUCACCUCAUGGGAAAGAGAAAAGGGGUAUUUUAAAUGAGAAAAAUGAAGAUGAGAAGCCCGGGAAAAAUCUUGGUGGACUGAUUUUUAUGUGUAAUACCAAAACUAAACCAGAUUGUUUCCGUUACCAUGUGAUGGGUAUCUCAGCAAGCCGGAAAGAGUUUGUAAUGGGCAUAAAGCCUGGUCUUAAGCUUUUCCUCUAUGAUUUUGAUCUCAAGCUCCUGUAUGGAAUCUAUGAAGCAUCUUCUUCUGGUGGCAUGAAACUUGAACCAGCUGCAUUUGGGGGGGCCUUCCCUGCUCAGGUCCGCUUCGCUGUUCAUAGGGAUUGCCUUCCGCUGCCUGAGAAUAUAUUUAAGAAAGCAAUCAAAGACAAUUAUGAUGAAAGGACUCGCAAGUUCAAGACAGAGUUAACCUCGUCCCAAGUAAAGCACCUGUCAAGUUUAUUCCAGCCAACCCCAAAGUUGCAUUCAAAUGGUAAGUCUUUGGUUCGGGGAUCGGAAUUUGUGCAUGUUCCUGCUCCAGCACCAAAAGUCUUGCCAACAGCAAUUUUGCACACUGAGGAGAACUUCAGACAUCAUGGCAGUAUUAAACCAGGAGAAGACAUUAUCUGGGUUGAUAAAGAGAGGAAAUUCUCUGAGCACCAUGUCUCUUCCACUGAUGUUCCUUCACAGGGUCCACUUUUUCUCACAGAGCAAGAAUACAGAAAUUAUGGUCUUCGACAGGGAAGUGAUCUGUUGCCAACCGCUGUAGGUGGUACCGUUGCCGUUGCCCGUGCACGGGAGCCUAGAAAUCUUGAACAAGAGAAGGAUCAGCUUCUAAGGAACCCUGCUUCUACAUAUAACAAUGUAACUUUACAACAGAGAGAGGUCAGUCGACCUGAUACUUUUUUUCUCAGUGAAAAAGAGUACCGCACUUAUGGGCUCAGAGGUCCCCGUGAAAUGCAGACUGAGGUGUCUCCUAUGGUAAGUACUAAUCAAGCUGUUGAAGUGGCAUAUAAUCUUUAUAAUGAAAGCACCACAUCAUUGGUAAAUCGAUAUCUUUCGCUGCCACCAACGACAACAACACCACCUGCCAGAUUACAUCCUCCUAGAAAUUAUCUAAACUCCACAAGUGGAUCAGCAACUCAUCUGGGAAGAAUAAUUCCUGAUGAAGAAAGAUCAUAUACAUCAUAUGCUCCUCGUGAACUUUCUGAAUACAAUCAAAGACCGCUUUUGACACAAGCUUCCCUGGAACCAUCUGAAUACAAUCAGAGAUACCACCUCCUUGGCGGCGAGACCAAAUACAUGUCCACAACAGUCUCAAACCGCUAUUCUUUUGGAGGACCCUCUGUCACACGCCGCUGAAUGAAUCUCUGCACUCAUCUCGUUACCUUCAUAAAAUUAUGCUUUUAACGGGUACAUCCUGCACUCUCAAGCUUUCCUGUGCGGAUCAAGAUUUAACAAAAGAGUUGUAACUCUGCAUAAAUUCUCUUUAUUUUACUUUAUUUUUGUGUACUUGGAGUCUAGACUCCUAAAACCUGUCUAGGAGAAGAAUGCUUGAUCAACUUUUGAGAGGAUGUGGCGUACUUCUUAUGCUAAGAUUUUGCAUGCUGAUUGAUUAGUCUUGUGGGUCUGUUCUUGUCUGAAUCAAUUCCAAAGCACUACUUUCCUUCCCGUCAGGAUUAAAUCUAUCCUUUCUGUUCAAUCUGAGAUGUUCUAUCAGUUUGCUUUAUUUCCAUGUAUUUGUAAUCAGUCUUAAUUCAGGAUGGAAGUUCCAAGAGUAAAGAGUACAUUUCUAACACUUCAAGUAACAUUUUUAGCUAA